AUGCUCAAGGACAGGACGAACGAGUUCCAUGCGAUAGUAGAGUCUAUACAUUCUCGAAAGCCAGGAUUAGACAAUGUCAGAUUACUCUCCACAUCAUCCACCGCAAGAUUAUCAAAGUCAGAAUUUGCACGAGCAGCGUCUGCUGUUGGACGAGAGAUAUCGACUACAGCUGCCAAACUAUCGAGACUAGCUGCUUUAGCCAAGAAAAAGUCUCUCUUUGACGAUCGGCCUGUAGAAAUCAACGAAUUGAUUCAUGUCAUCAAACAGGAUAUAGGCAAAGUCUCGAAUCAAAUAUCUGGUCUACAAAAGUAUCUCGAUGGUGCCAAAAAGGGUCAUAAUACUAGUGCUAGUAGAGAUAAUGGUGGAAGUAGUAAUAGUAAUGGACAUGUCAAUGGCAACCAACCGAUUUUAGGAGCCAACAACAAACAGGUUGAAGAGCACUCUGAUCUAGUCAUAAAGAGUUUGCAGUCACGACUAGCCAAUACAUCACAUGAAUUCAAGGGUAUCUUGGAAAUACGGAGUCAGAAUAUGGUUGAGCAAAAGGAUCGUCGUGCACAAUAUUCUUUUAGUCCUGCACCCGUCGCAGGAAGCACUGGUGGUGGCAACAGUAAUAGCAUUCAAAGGCCGAACGGGGAUUCAUCUUUAUACCACCCUGAUCAGCUUCGUCAACGAGCACCUAUAAGUAACCAAAAUGACGGGAACAAGGACUCGGACAUCGUGAUUGACUUUUCAUCACUACCACCCACCAAUGUCCAGCAAUCAUCACAACAGCAAUCGCAACUAGUGUAUAAUAAUGUCACGCACGAAUACAUAGAGUCACGAUCUCAGGCUAUAGAAUCCAUAGAAUCAACAAUCGCUGAAUUGGGCCAAAUCUAUCAAAACUUUGCUACGAUACUCGCUGGCCAACGUGAAAUGGUGCAGAGGAUUGAUGAUAAUGUGCAGGAUGUUGAAAUGAAUGUGGAAGGAGCACAUGGUCAAUUGAUGAAGUAUUAUACGAGUAUAUCAUCUAAUAGCUCUGCAAGUGGCCGACUAAUUGCAGCCAAAGACCAUGCAGCCGUACAAAUCAACAUUGGUGAUGUGGAUGCUUCAGGACGAUUGACUGGCACUGCCAAAACAUAUGCCGUUUGUGGUUUCAUCAGGAGUAUGGGCGAAUCCGACGACUCAAUCAACAGAUUGGCUACCACCGAUGGAUACUUGCGAAAGUUAUUAUCAGUCAAGAUUGCUCGAAACAAGGAGAAGCCCGACGUCAAUUUUAUGCAGGGACUGGACGUAUCGACUCUUGAACGAUUUGAUGAGGAAGAGCUUCAAAGUGUCAAGCUCUUGACCACGCACAUAUUUGCCAUCAGCACCACACACGCAUCACGUCACGUCUCUCUGCCCAUCGAGCCAGCUCUUUGUCUGGUCUGCAUCUCAAUAAAGGAGCAUAUAGUCAUUUUCGCAACUUUUCGCGUUGCGGUCGUCAUCGGCGUGAAUGACAGACUCACACCUCGCUCCCCAACAAUCUACAAAAUGUCAAACUGGACGAUUGAAUCGUUGCCGUAUAAGGAAUUAGUGCUUGGAUUCAGCUUUGCGCUCUGGGGAUUUGAGAGUAUACUCAACUGGCGACAAUACAAAGUGCUUCAAAUAAAGGAGGCUCCCAAAGCAUACGCUCACUUGACUUCAGUAGAGAACUAUGAAAAGGCGCGUCGCUACAGUCUUGCCAAGUUAAAUUUCGGUAUAAUCUCAUCAAUCUGGAGUCAAUGCGAAACGGUCUUGAUCUUCUAUUACGACCUUCUACCAUGGUUUUGGACGGCUAGUAAAAAUAUUUUGUCGACUAUUUCGCCAUCAUGGGCUGACAAUGAGAUUCUUCAAUCUCUCAUAUUCGUUACUGUAACGAACUUGGCUUCAACGAUAACGAAUCUGCCAUUCUCGUUAUACUUUACCUUUGUCAUUGAAGAACACUAUGGCUUCAACAAGCAAACUUUAGCCUUAUUCUUCUCGGAUCUCGUCAAAUCUCUGGCUCUAGGAGCUUUUAUAGGAUUUCCAGUCAUUGCUGCUGUCUUGUACAUUGUACAGAUAUUUGAAAACUUUCAUGUUUAUCUAUGGCUGUUUGUAAUGGUUUUCCAGCUAGUCAUGGUCACUAUAUAUCCAACUUUUAUACAGCCCUUGUUCAACAAAUUUGAUCCGUUACCAGAAGGAGAACUAAAGGACAAGAUUGAUGCAUUGGCCAAAACAGUCAAAUUCCCUUUAAAGAAGAUGUUCAUUAUCGAUGGUAGCAGACGAAGUGCUCAUUCAAACGCAUAUUUGUACGGAUUCUUCAACAACAAGCAACUAGUCUUAUUCGAUACCCUUUUGGAACAAACCAGCCAUGAGGAAACGCUCGCUGUCGUUGCUCACGAGAUUGGUCAUUGGCAUCAUUCUCACACCCUACAGAAUCUAAUCAUUGCACAAGCUCAUUUAUUCAUCCUGUUUUGGCUCUUUGGCCAAGCAAUCCACUUUGGACCGUUAUAUACCUCAUUCAAAUUCACCACACAUCCAAUACUGAUUGGAUUUAUGUUGUUUCAGUUCAUUUACUCACCUGCUGAGGCUCUGAUGGGGUUCAUUAUGAAUGUGUUGUCAAGGGCUUUUGAAUUCCAGGCUGAUUUGUAUGCAGUGACACUAGGACAUGCUGCAAAACUCAAGACAGGGCUUCAAAAAAUACAUUUGAAAAACUUGGGAUCAUUAAGAACAGACUCAUAUUACUCCGCUUGGCACUACUCACAUCCUCCACUUGUUGAGAGAUUAGAAGCAAUAACUAAAGCAGCGACAAAAUCCAAGAAGAAGGAAUAG